AUGGCGGAGCCCCCGCGGCCGCAGCGGAAGCUGUCCCGGGUCGGGGAGAGCCUGUACCGCGUGCUGGGGCUGCAGAAGGGCAGCUCCCCCGAGGAGAUCAAGAAGGCCUACCGGAAGCUGGCUCUCAAGUACCAUCCCGACAAGAACCCCGAUGACCCGGCGGCGGCCGAGCGGUUCAAGGAGAUCAACAGCGCCCACGCCACCCUGAGCGACGCGGACAAGCGGCGCCUGUAUGACCAGUACGGCUCCCUUGGCCUCUACGUGGCCGAGCAGUUCGGCGAUGAUGCUGUCCGGCACUACUUCCUUAUGUCCAAGUGGUGGUUCCAGGCACUCCUGCUAUGCUGCGGUGCCCUCACCUGCUGCUGCUGCUGCUGCUGCUGCUUCUUCUGCUGCGGGACGUGCUGCCAGCCCAAGGAGGACGAGUCCUACAAGUACGUGGACCCCAAGGACCUGGAGGCACAGAUGCGUGCAGAGGACAGCGAUCCUGUUGUAGCACAGCCCCCGCCUGCCAGCACGGAGCCGCUGCCAGCCAGCACCAGGAGUGAUGCCUGAGGCCGGCCCCAUCCCGCCGACUCCCCCAGGACUUGGGGCAGGCAUUCUCCUUUGGGACUGUCACUUUCUGGGACCAUGGUCCCGCCCCUCCCGACUGGCUCGUCAGCCCCGGGAGGGAUAGAAUCUCAGGUUAAUUUGGCCAGCAUCAAUGCACAGGCUCCUGGGCCCUUGCUCGAGCUCCAGGGCAAUGCCCCGGCGUCCCAGCACUGGUGGUGGCAGUGGCCUGGAGCCCGUGCUGCUGUGGCCCUCUUUAGUGCCUUGCCUGUGCCCCUGUCGGGCACCGAGCACCAGGCACGAGCAGAGAUGCUCCAGGCCGAGCUCCGUGGCUCGGGCAAGGGAGCUGAGCGUGUCCAAGACCAUUAGCACUGUAACCUCUGGGGCUGGGCUGAGCCCGCUGCCCCCUCAUGCCGCCCUCCCGAUGGGUGCUGGGUGCCAAACGCUGCUGUGGGGUUGGGGUGCUUCUGUCUGUACCCCUUUCCUCUGCCCUCUGGGUUUGUCUGGGUUUUUGUGGGCACCAUUAAAGGCUGACGGGAGGGAA